UGGAGGGUGCAUGACGAUCACGUUGUUGACCUCGGGCAACGAAGACAUGCUUUUAGGUUUGCAGUCUCUGUCUCCAGUGGCAGCAUUCCACCGCAUUCAUCGCGUUGCUGAAGUGAAGUGAAGUGAAGUUCAAUGGUCUAGAGAUAGAAGGUUUUAGUACCGGCUAAUGCGGUUUGAGAGAAAGAAAGGGGGAGUGCGUCGCCAUUGCAAACAGACGCCGUUUCUACGUUCUUGUUUCUGUAAUCCUUUCAGAUUUCAAAGUUUUCACACCAAGAAAGAAAAUCUAGAUGGAGCAGCAUGAGGAGGUUGAGUUGGGGAGGUCACUAGCCUAUACUCCCACGUGGUCUAUUGCAGCAGUCACUACCAUUCUAGUUGGCAUUGGAUUCUUGGCCCAACGACUGAUUCAUGUUUUUGGCAAUUGGUUGUUAAAAACUAAAAGGAGGGCCCUCUUAGAAGCUCUGGAAAAGAUUAAGGAAGAGUUGAUGGUGUUCGGACUCAUUUCUUUACUUUUGGGUCAGUGGGCAGAAUGGGUGUCAAAAAUAUGUCUGAAAUCUUCGGUCUUCAGUAGUCGAUUCUAUAUGUGCUCGGUACAGGACUACGGAGGGAAUGAGCGAAGACGUUUGCUGAUGGACGCUGGUGUACAGUUUCCAAAUCAUUCAUUUCAUGAGUCAUGGAAGACAAAGAGGGCACUUGCUCAGCAAUCCUUCUGUCCAAAGGGCCAUGAAGCAUUUAUUUCCUAUGAAAGCCUUGUCCAAUUACACCAUUUCUUGUUUGUUCUUGGCAUCACUCAUGUCAUCUACUGUUGCAUGUCCGUUGCUCUGACCAUGAUAAAGAUUUACAGCUGGAGCACCUGGGAGAGUCAGGCAAGAACGGGAACUGUCCAAAACUCAAUAGGAGUUGAAAAGAAGAAGAUGAUCCCUAGGCAUCAAUCCUCUUUUGUCUUCCAUCAUACAUCACACCCUUGGAGUAAGAACAAAGUUUUGAUCUGGAUGCUUUGUUUUUUUCGUCAAUUCUGGAGUUCCGUAAAAAUGUCCGACUAUAUGGCACUUCGUAUAGGUUUCAUCAUGAAACAUAAUCUGCCUCUCACAUAUAAUUUUCACAAUUAUUUGUCAAGAAGCAUGGAGGAUGAAUUUCGUGACAUAGUGGGGCUCAGCUGGCUUCUCUGGGCGUAUGCUAUUUUAUGCAUCUUCCUAAACUUCCAUGGGACAAACUUGUACUUCUGGCUGUCCUUUAUACCUGCCAUUCUGAUACUUCUAGUUGGUACAAAAUUGCACCAUGUAGUGGUUCAACUGGCAUUGGAAAUAGUGACAUUAGACAGUGAAUUCACAGAGAUGAAACCAAGGCCCCGUGAUGAACUAUUUUGGCUUGGGAAGCCCAAGUUGCUCUCAUGGCUAAUACAGUUUAUUUCUUUCCAGAAUGCAUUUGAAAUGGCGACAUUCAUCUGGUCUCUGUGGGAAAUAAAAUCCUCCAGGUGUUUUAUGAGGGACGGUGUUUUCCUUGUCACUCGUUUGUCAUCAGGGGUUGUGGUGCAGUUCUGGUGUAGCUACGGUGUACUUCCUCUUUAUGUGCUCAUUGCACAGAUGGGAUCCAAGUUUAAGAAGGCUUUAAUUUCUGAAAAUGUGAGAGAGUCACUUCAUGGCUGGCGCAAACGAGUGAAGAGAAAAACAAGGAAACAUCACCCAGAAGCACGUUUUGGAGCUGUGAGAUCAACCUCUUUUAAAACCGUGGUUGAGGAGAUGCAUGCUGAUGACUCGAUCCAUCAAAGUGAAAUCACUUCACCUAAUGAAAAUGAGUUUAGCUUACAGGAAAAUAACAGACCAGAAGACGAUGAUCCUUCAUUUGACGAACCGAUCUAUGACACUUAUAGUGAUGAAGAUGAUGAAUUAUGCCUAUUGUCACCGUGAAUUCGUCAUCUGUAACUCUUUUGAGGUUUUGUAUAUAAUGAUUUUCCCUCCAUUUCCUACCAAUCAAGGCAACGAGACUGAAUAUCAUCGGGUCGGUAUGUCGUUAUUGGAUAACAAAGGCAUUGAUUCAAUAUAUAGGAUGCGCAGGUGCCAUUCUCAUG